UUCUCAGUUACUGAGAGCAGCACACGCUGUCGGCAACAGAAUGAGCGUGUCCACGCUCUCACCCGCUAGCAGCACUCUUUAAGAGACCAUACGCCCCCCUCCCACCUCUUAUAGCCCCUGCCAGAUAUCAAGAGUAGACAUAGGGCUCUUGUCUCUCUCUCUCUCUUUCUCUUUCUCUCUCCCUUGUGUGAGAAAACCACGAGAGACAACUCCUCAACUUUUUUUCCCCUCCUUAUUUCUCUGUUCGACUUGCUCUCUGAGGGACUAUGCCAGUAGUUGGCGUUGCAUCGAAACUCCGGCAGCCGGCUGUGGGGUCCAAACCCAUCCACACUGCACUGCCCAUCCUGAUCCCAGGGAGAAGCAGCAUGGCACAUGGACUGGCACCCAGGAGCUCGGAGCUCAGGGUCACAGAAUCUUCUAUGCUCUCCUGUCAGCUGUCAUUCAAGACGGAGAUCCAUGAUAGGAGGUCAACCUCUGUCCCAGCUCCAGCCGCAACUUUGGCACGUAGCAGCAGACAGGCAGAAGAGAGCAAGAUAUGCAAGAUCUACACUGAUUGGGCGAACCAUUAUUUGGCCAAGUCCGGUUGUCCGCGGCUUAUUAAGGACCUGACUCAGGACAUACCCGAUGGAGUUCUGCUGGCAGAAAUCAUCCAGAUAAUAGCUAAUGAAAAGGUAGAAGAUAUUAACAUCUGCCCCAAGACUCACUCUCAAAUGAUUGAGAAUGUGGAGGCUUGUCUCAAUUUCUUAGGGGCCAGAGGAGUCAGUGUUCAAGGGCUCUCUGCUGAAGAGGUGUGUAAUGGGAAUCUGAAGAGCAUCCUGGGUUUGUUCUUCAUCCUGUCCCGCUACAAACAGCAACAGCAGCACCAGCAGCAGUAUCUGCAGUCAUUGGUGGAGCUCCAACAGCACGUCACGCAUCAGAGCACAGGGGUGGCGCCAGCGAGUCAUCACAAAACACAAGACAUGCAGUCCAGUCUCACCGCACGAUAUACAAGUCCACCAGGUCACAGUGGAAUAGCAGCCCCUCAGAAGAAAAACACAAGGUUACCAGGUCCCUCCAGAGUCCCCGCUGCAGGCAGCGGCAGUAGCAGCAGUAAAGCCCACGGCUCCUCAAACCUGAACCGAAGGAGCCAGAGCUUCAACAGUAUUGACAAGAGCAAACCACUGCAGUAUGCUAGCGGCAACGACAGAGAGUCGGUGAAGGGCAUCCCUCUGCCAGGCAGCAUGAACGGCAGUGGCUCGGUGCCCUCAAGCACCAGCGGGCAGCAGCUGGCCUCUGCCAUCCCCUCUCCCACAGCUGGAAAGUCCUGGCGCAGCAAAUCCAUGAACAUAAAGCACAGUGCCACCUCGUCCAUGCUGGCCACCAAGCCGCCAAGCCCAACCGCUUCCCCGACUCCUCCCUUAUCAUCUGAUCGCCUCCGGCCCCCAAUCACAGAUGCCUCCAAAUCAGCCCCCGGCAACCAGCGCUCCAUGUUGGAGAAGUUCCGGCUCAUCAACCCUCGCUCCGCAUCCAGAACCUCGCCCUCGGUGGCCGAAAUGGCUCUUCAGGAGGAGGACGACUUGUCAGAGUUUGGAGAUGAGGGGACCUGCAGUCCCACACCACCCUGUGGGAUCUCGAAACAGCAGGGGAAGACUUCCGCAUCCUCCUUUGCACCCCCAAACAAGACCAACAACUGUAAGAACCACAACAAUAAGUCCUUGCCGCAGCCCAAAGACAAAGAAGAGAAGAACAAGACAAAGAGCAAAGCCAGCACACCACCCAAAGAGGAGCCAGUAAUAGUGGAGCCCUCUAAGAAAGGCUCAAAGAUCGCCAGCUUCAUCCCCAAAGGAAGCAAAACAUCUGCAGCCUCUGUGAAGAAAGAAAGUGCAAUCCCCGCCUCCAGCGGCAUCCCCAAGUCUGGUCUGAAGGCUCCGGCGGCGAACACCAAGCUUGUAGCAACUCAGCCUAGUGUACCUACUACAAGUGAGAAGACCAAACAUAGUAAAGGCAGUCAGUCUAUAUACAUGCAAAAAUCUUUGGGAGGUUUGGAGAAUCGUAAGACCAGCAUGGUAUCAUCAACCAGUACCUCAGCACUUUCUGGAUCCGCCACUUCAGGGCUGGGUGGUGGAGGAGCUCUUGGAGGCAAUGGGGUAGUACAACUUCCCCAGCAGCAGCAAUACAACCAUCCCAACACAGCAACCGUUGCCCCCUUCAUGUAUCGGACGUAUUCAGAGAAUGACUGCACUACCGUGGUCCCCACUGAACCGUGUCUCAGUCCCACAAAAGACUUGGUCUACAGCAAGACCGCCAAACAGUGCCUGGAGGAGAUCUCAGGGGAGGAUCCAGAGGCUAGACGGAUGCGUACAGUGAAGAACAUUGCCGACCUGAGACAGAAUCUUGAAGAAACCAUGUCCAGUUUACGUGGGACGCAGAUAAGCCACAGUACCCUUGAGACAACAUUCGACACCACUGUAACUACAGAAGUGAACGGUCGUGGCCUCCCUGCCCUCUCGAGCCGCUCUUCCCCCAUGUCUUGGCGUCUCGCCCAAGGGUCCAAUCCUCGUCUUCAGGCCGGCGAUGCUCCUAGCUUCACCCCGCCCAGAUCCAGUGCUGGCACCACUGGUCGCUACGGUGACUCGUCGAGGUUGUUAUACACUGCCCCCCUGAGGAGAGCGGCAGCCUCAGGGGUUCGAGGGUCAGAGCCGGGAGAGAAAGGUGGGGUUUCUGAAGCGGGGCCAGAGGUGGACGUGACCGGAUACGGGAGUGAUGGGGACAUACUCGCCAAGAAUGUACAUGCAGACGAUAUCAGUGGGUAUCACACAGACGGAGGUCUUUACUCUCGGAAUGUCGACCUUUACUCUCGAAAUGUUGGUCGCCCACCUGAGAUGACGCCAACUCGAGAGGUCGUUCAAAAAGGAGUCAAAGAGAUGCAAGGGGAAGACAGCUGGGAUGACAGUAGUUCGGUCAGCAGUGGUUUGAGUGAUACUUUAGAUAACAUCGGCACUGACGAUCUGAAUCCACCAACAUAUUCCGGCAUCACAUCUCGCAAGAGCAAAGCAGCACAGUCAAAUAAAGAUACGCACAGUCAUACCGAGCAGGAUGGUAGCAGCUGGGCUGGUGCUGAGGAUCUAAAGAAGGUUGAUGAAGAGAUGGAUCCAGGUAUGGACCCUUCCUGCAAGUGGAAGUCUUCAUCCAAUUCCUCUUCAUGUCAGGGUGAGGACGUUGGCCAGAAGACAGCUUUGCCCAUGUCUCAAACAGGCUCCUGGAGGAGGGGCAUGAGUGCCCAGGUUGGCAUCACACCACCACGGACCAAAGGCUCAUCCACCUCUCUCAAAUCACCAGGUAAAACAGAUGAUGCCAAGGCAUCUGAGAAGGGCAAGGCCCCAUCUAAGAGCCCAAGCAUCCAGCGCUCACCAUCGGAUGCAGGCAAGAGCAGCGGAGAUGAAGGGAAGAAGCCACCCUCAGGCAUCGGUCGUCCUCCUACCACAAGCUCCUUCGGGUUUAAGAAGAUUCCUGGUUCCGCCGGAGCCCUCAUCACUACCAGCGGGGCCACUCUGACCAGUGGAUCUGCGACUCUAGGCAAGGUACCAAAGUCUGCAGGCAUUGGGAAGGGUCCAGGUGUCGGCAAUGAGCGGAAGACAAGCCUCGAUGGUGCUCAACACCAGGAUGAUGCCGUUUUGUUAGGCUGUGGAGGCUCCAAGGUUCCACUCCAGUAUCGCUCCCUACCUAGACCGGCAAAGUCAUCAAGUGGGGGAAGCAGCGUGGUGGGCCGCAGCGGGCAUCGUUCCAGCUCUAGCAGCAUUGAUUCUAAUGUCAGCGGAAAGUCUGCGGGAGUUAGUGGAGGGGUGGUUGGAACCCCAACCAGCACAAAGAGAAGAGACCCCGGGAAAGUGGGGUCAGGACGCUCUAGUCCCAUUACCAUCAACCAAACGGAUAAAGAGAAAGUGGCAGGUUCGGAUCAAGAGGGAACGGGGUUGUCCACCUCCCCCAAAUCCAGUCCCACUUCCACCCAAUCGGGACUCAGACAGCCAGGCUCCAAAUACCCAGACAUUGCAUCCCCCACAUUCCGCAGGUUGUUUGGCAGCAAGUCUAGCAGUAAACCAAGUUCCCCUGGAACCCCUGACUCUGGUAAAUGCCCAUCGGCACUGGGCAGUCCUCAUGGCACACUGGCACGGCAGGCCAGCCUGGAUUCACCCUCCUCGGGAACAGGUAGUCUGGGCAGCAUGGGUGGGCAAAGUGGAGGCAGCAGCCCGUUGUACGGCAAAACGCCCGACCUGGGCACUGACUCCCCCGCCUCUAGUCCGGCGUCAGGCCUCUCUCUGCCCUCUAACGCCCGGCCUUGGCCUCCGAACCUCAGCAGUUCCUCUGCGGGCAGUAAAGACACACUGAGCUGCCACAGUAUGACCAGUUUACACACAAGCUCAGAGUCCAUAGACCUGCCACUCCCACAUCACCACGGGGCAAAGGUCACCCGCACGGGCAGUGUCAAGUCCACCCUGUCUGAGGGCAUGCCUCUUGACAGAAACACUCUCCCCAAAAAGGGAUUAAGGUAUCCUCCAUCCUCCAGACAGACAUCACAUGAGGAAGGAAAGGAAUGGUUGCGUUCUCACUCCACUGGAGGUCUGCAGGACACAGGAAGUCCACUUUCACCACCGGGCACAACCAGCACCAACGCUGGCAAAUACCACUACUCAAACCUGCUGAGUCCCACCAGCAUGUCACAGUAUAAUCUUCCCAGCACCAGUAUGAGCCGCUCCAACAGUAUUCCAGCACAGGAUUCAUUCGAGCUGUACGGGGAAGGUCACACUUUGGGCGGCAGUGCCACCUCUCUGGAGGAACGGCCUCGCGGGAUGAGCCGGUCCGGCUCCUUCCGAGACAGCACCGAUGAAGUUCAUGGUUCUUCUCUGUCUUUGGUCUCGAGCACAUCAUCUUUGUAUUCUGCGGUGCUGGCCUUUUUAGACAAGACGGAGGAGAAGGCCCACUCUGAGGGCCAAACAGUCCAAAAUACAACGCAAAUCAGAAAACUGCGAAGAGAGCUGGACGCUUCUCAGGAGAAAGUGGCAACCCUGACCUCUCAGCUGGCGGCCAACGCACACCUGGUGGCUGCGUUUGAGAAGAGUCUGACGAACAUGACCUGUCGCCUGCAGAGUCUAACAAUGACAGCGGAGCAAAAGGAGUCCGAGCUGGCGGAGUUGAGAGAGACCAUUGAAGCGUUGAAAACUCAGAACACAGAUGCUCAGACGGCCAUUCAAGUGGCCCUCAAUGGCCCUGGUCAUGUUCAUAAAGACCUGAGGAUCCGUCGACAGCACUCAUCAGAAAGCAUGUCCAGUAUUAACAGUGCUGCCAGCCAUUCCAGUAUGGGUAGCGCUAAAGACGUAGACGACAAGAAGAAAAAGAAGAAAAGCUGGGUGGCUGAUUCCAUCCCCGCCCAGUUGCGGAGCUCCUUUAAGCAGGCCUUCAGCAAGAAAAAGACCAACAAGAGCCAAUCAUCUCACGAUGAGUUUGAAGAGAUGACUGACUCAUCCCUCCCUUCUUCACCCAAACUCCAACACACCAACAGACAGACCAGCACCACCCAACCACUGCUCUCAUCACCGUCCACCACAGAAAAGUGUUUUUGUGAUAGCAAGUCCUCCCCCAUUUGGAUGCCAAAGAAAAAGUCAAACGGUCAUGUGGUCUACAAGCACAGAUCUCGGUAACGGGCACAGUGUGGCAUGCUGGGAAGGAUUGAGAGUGUGCAGUGACUAAUAUUACAAAAGAUCCCUUGCCC